AUGAAUCCCAUUUUCAAGCGACUCGUGCGGUUCAAGGAUGCCGACGGCCAUAUUUUCUUCGGCGAGGCGCUGUCUGACAGUCUGAUUGGGUCCGAAGUCCCUGUGUACGCCGGGGACAGUCCUUGGAAUCUACAGGAAACUACUCAGACUGCAAAGAUAUCGGAGGUGCUCUGCCCCGUACCUCACGUCCCGAUAAUUUACGGGAUCGGCCUGAAUUACAAGACGCAUAUUGCUGAAGCCGGCUGGCCGACCCCUCAGUAUCCCACCGUCUUCACGAAGCCGACAAAUGCGGCCAACGACCCUUUUGCGGACAUUCAUGUGAACCCACAAUGCGCCAACAUGGACUACGAGGGUGAACUAGCAGUCAUUAUUGGCCGGGAUUGCAAAAAUGUGUCUUCGCCAGCAGAUGCCCUGGAUUACGUCCUCGGUUACGCCGUCGCAAAUGACGUCAGUAGCCGGUACUGGCAAAUGCCUGAAAUUAGCGGACAGCAACAUGGCUAUGCUAAGAGCUUUGAUGGAUUUGCGCCAAUAGGGCCGGUGAUUGCUUCGAGUGAGGCAAUCGGAAAUGUUGGCGACCUUACAAUUGUGACGAGGGUCAAUGGUGUUGAAAGACAGAGAGCCAAACUAGAUGAUCUGUUGUUUACGGUAGGCGACCUCAUCGUCCACCUAAGUCGCGGAACGACACUAAAAGCUGGAACGGUCAUUUUGACCGGGACGCCUGGUGGAGUUGCAGCUUUCAUGAAGCCUCCGGCUUGGCUUCAAGAUGGAGACACAGUGGAGGUGAGUGUGACAAAUAUUGGGACCAUUAUGAACCGACAUGUAUUUGAGAAGUAG